AUGAAGAAGUCAGGGAAUCGGGGGGAAAACCCCAUGCUGCAGGUGUGGGGGAUCACAGGAUCCUUCGUUCACUUCCACCGUAGUUUUUGGCUCAUGGGGUGCCCUUUGGGGAAAUUUUGCAACGACCCCAGAAAAUGCCUUCGCCCGGAGUUCACAAGGCCCCUUUCCCGACCCCCAGCAGGUGACCCCCAAAUCCCCAAAAAGGUUGCCCAGCGUAAAAUGCUGUCUAACCUCAGCUCUACUGGGUCCUGUCCCAAACCCCCACCUGACGGGCCAAAGGGCGUUUGCCGGGGGAUGUUCGUCGGCUUCGGCUGCGACACGGACAACCCAGAGCGGGUCUGGGACGUCACGCUGCCGGACGCGCCCAAACCGCCUGUGACCGAGCCUGCGCUGCCACAGCCUGGCAGCCCCGUGAUGAAAAUCCUGCAUUUGGCCGACACGCACUUCGACCCUUUCUACAAGCCCGGGAGCAAUGCUGAGUGCGGCGAGAAGUACUUCUGCUGCAGGAGGAGCGCAGGCGUCGUCGAGACUCCCGAGGCCGCAGCCGGUUACUGGGGCGACUACCGCAACUGCGACGCACCUCGCUGGCUUCUGGAGGCGAUUUUCUCCAUAUUACCGUCGACCAACAUUAUUAACCAGGACCUGGACCUGAUUCUGUGGACCGGAGACCUGAUUCCUCACAACGUCUGGAACACGAGCCGCGAGGGCAACCUGGACAUCAUCCGCCAGACGGUCCAAAUGGUCAAGGAGUACUUCCCCGACACCCCGGUCUUCCCGGCCAUCGGCAACCACGAGUCCCACCCGGUCAACGCUUUCCCUCAACCGUACAUCGAGAACGAAUUCGACAUCUCUUGGCUGUACGACGAGAUCUCGGCGUGGGCGACGUGGCCGGCGGACGUCGCAGCCAGCGUCACCUACUCCGCCUUCUACUCCACGCUCAUCAAGCCAGGGCUCAGGAUCCUCUCAAUCAACACCAUUACUGCUACGGCUUUACUGGUGAGGAUUUCACCUAGCUUUCGCAGUAGCAAAAUGCUGGUCAGAUUUUCCACGAAAGGGUUUAUAUCUCGAAUGUCCGAAAGACGGUGGAUUGUGUACGACGAUGUGGAUCCAGCCUCGGAGCUCGGGUGGAUGGCGCAGGAGCUGCAGAAGGCGGAGGACGCCGGGGAGAAGGUUUACAUCAUUAGCCACAUCCCGCCCGGCCACGACGACUGCUCCAAGACGUGGAGCCACCAGUACAACCGGAUCGUGUACAG